AUAUAACAAUUCUUCAUUUCCACACCACACCUCGAUUCGGUUCUUCCUCGAUUUCUGUGUGGUUGAAGCAGAUCUCUGCGCAACAGGCCUGCGAAGAUGAGCAAGGGACCAGGUCUCUUCUCGGAUAUCGGCAAGAAAGCCAAAGAUCUUUUGACCAAAGACUACAACUCCGAUCAGAAAGUCACCAUCUCCACCUACAGCAGCGCUGGAGUGGCCCUCACUUCAACAGCUGUCAAAAAAGGAGUAGCCUCUACUGCAGACGUAGCAGCACAGUACAAGCAUAAGAAUGCUGUUAUUAAUGUCAAAGUUGACACCGAAUCAAAUAUCUCCACAACUCUGACAUUCACAGACAUUAUUCAAUCCACCAAGACCAUUGCCUCAUUUAAGCUGCUUGACUAUAAUUCUGGCAAGCUGGAGGUUCAAUACUUCCAUGACCAUGCUACCUUAACAACCGCCCUUGGCUUAAAACAAAACCCCGUAAUUGAUGUUUCUGCCACUAUUGGUACCCCUAGCAUUGCAUUUGGUGCUGAGGCAGGCUAUGACACUGCAAAUGGUAGUUUUCCUAAAUACACUGCUGGGAUAAGUGUGACAAGGCCUGAUUCUUGUGCUUCCAUAAUCUUGGCCGACAAGGGAGACAGCAUUAGAGCAUCCUAUUUACAUUAUCUAGACCAACCCAAGAAGAGUGCUGCUGUAGCAGAGAUCACUAGAAAAUUUUCCACAAAUGAGAACACGUUCACGGUGGGAGGCUUAUUUGCUAUUGACCAUUUGACACAGGUCAAAGCAAGGCUCAACAGUCAUGGAAGACUCGGUGCCCUCUUGCAGCACGAAAUCAUGCCCAAGUCAGUGAUGACUCUCUCUGGUGAGGUUGACGCCAAGGCCCUAGAUAGAAAUCCCAGGUUUGGGUUGGCCAUUGCUCUGAAACCUUGAAGUUCUUCCAUUUAGAUUGCAUGACUAGGACUCCAAGCUUCAUUUUUUUUUGGGUGACCCUCGAAUGAAGGGCUAAAUAAGAUCCACAGAUGAACGUGUUUCUAGUUUCUUCAUUACUGUGGAUAAAAUUUUUCAAUAUCUUGCAAUCAACCACUCGUAUGUUUACCAAUUUUAUGUUUCGAUUCUUCUUUCCCGCGUCCCAUGUACAUCGUGAGAUGAGGAAGUCCUUUUAUUUGCGUGGACGAAUCUUAUCCAUGUAUUCUCCAAAUUCCCGAUUUCAGGAUUGUUUUCUUUC